GGGCCAAGCGUCUCAUGACUACUGAGACUAAAACUGAGUUUCUGUGAAGACUCGCAUGUUGGCGUCGAGAUUCCCUCGGAGGUGGAAUGAAAGUCUAACUCAUCGGGAUCAUUAUUGUGUCUUCACUUUCUUAUGCCAACUGAAAAGAAAUACUUAUUUCAACAUCACGAAUAAAAAUUCGAUUAAUUUCACUGACAUAGUUUUAACAAAUUCGAAUAACACCUAAAAAAGUGUCAUUCUCAGCAAAACAACAAACAGCGUGUACUUAUUGACUCCUAUUUAUUGUUCUGCUAUUUUAGUAGGUUAAGAUAGUUUUUAAAACAAUGUAACAUUUUAAUACAGCAUAGUGGUGCAUAUUGUUAGCGCAUCUCCCACACACUCAAGGAUCAGAUUUUAAAUUCAGCUCAGGCCAUACUGCGUGGAGUUUGCAGGUUCUCCUGGUGCCCGUGUGAAAUUUUUAUACACUUCCCUCCAAAAAUAUUGUAAUUAUGAGGCAUAUUCCUUAAAUUUUGCUGGAGACUUUUAGGUUUGAAAUCAAAUGAUGAAUAUGAGCCAAGGGAUUAACAGACAAUCUUUAAUUUCCAUGUAUUGCAGUGUCUUGUAUUUGAUGCACAUCUUAGAAGACAGCAUUAUUUUACAACAAAACAAUUCGAAUUCUAGGUAAACAUAAAUACUGAAAUGGGUAAACGUGAAAAAAUUGAGUAUAGAAAUCUUGAUAAGACCUCCUUAUACUUAGCUGCAUCAAAUCCCUGAUGCAUUGGCAACACCAACCCUUUGCAGGUUUGUUUUGUAAUGUUGUUUUCAAUGCUUGACUUGGGCAAACUAAAACCAUCCAAUUAUCUUUUAUGACUAUCUAUCUAUCUAUCUAUCUAUCUAUCUAUCUAUCUAUCUAUCUAUCUAUCUAUCUAUCUAUCUAUCUAUCUAUCUAUCUAUCUAUCUAUUGAAUUGUUUCAGACCAUGCUUCCUCAACAGCUACAGGAAGGAUGUCCUCGUUUGAGCCUUUUUGAGGAUGGAGUUAGCCUUCCACUUCAGGUACUGAGAGACUGACAUUCCUAGGAACUUAAAUUCUCAAUGGUUGACACGGGGCAAUUGGACAGCAUGGGGGCAUCUGUGGCAAAGAAUGUUUUCUAAAGUCCAAGAUCACCUCUACAGGCUUGAGCGUGUUCGCCUCCAGAUUGUGUUGGCCACAUUGAAGCGCUACUAUGCAGACUCGUUGCCAUUGUUGAUGACGUCGAUGGCUGUGCUGCUGUCUGGAAACUUCAGGAAUUUGACAGCUGCACAUUGAGGCACAGCCAUUGGCGAAAAGAGAAAAGAGGAGCAGAGAAAGGACACUUCCUUUGGGGGCCCCGGUAAUGAUGGUGCAUGUGGAUGAAAUAGUUUUCCCCAGCCUCACUCGCUGUGUCCUUGCUUGUUAGGAAGCUGUAAAUCCUCCUGAGGAUAGCAAGAGAGACGCUGAGCUGGAGGAGCUCAGAGGAACGGAGGUCAGGAAUGAUGCUCCUGAAUGCAGAGCUAAAGUCCAAACGAUCCUCCUGUCGGUCCCUGCAUCAUUGAGGUGAUCAAGGGUAAAAUGCAACUUUGUGUUGACUACAUCAUCCACCCACCUGUUUGCUUGGAACACAAACAGCAGAGAGUUCAGCAGGGGUCCUGUGAUACUCAUUGCCAGUCCAGUAUGAGACGUUCAAAGGACUUCAUGACCACAGACGUUAGAUGUCAUCCAUCAAUCCACCCAUCCAUACAUCCGAGUGAUUUGCAUCCUGUGGUGUAGCCUCUGCUCAUUUUGCCCAUGAAGCGAACCCAUUUUUUUCUCCAAAAUUUAAAACAGUUUCCACAAAUAAAAGUUCUACAACAUGCAUUCAUCAAGAUAAACAAAGGACGAAGAUUAAUAUCACACUUAGCAUCCAUUUUAAUACCCCAGUUGAAAUUAUUUGGUUUUCUUAAAUGAGCCACAGCUCACUCUGCCAUCAUUGUGAGGUAAGACAACAUUAGAAUGGCUUUUGUUACCAUGGUGACCAGGCGCAAGGCUAAGGGAUAUUGUCGACUUGCUCUAAAAGUGUGAAUAUGAACAGCUCAGAGCAUGAGAGACAAUGAAAGCAUUUCACUCAUUAACACUACAUGACUUAGCCAUGGAAUUACUCUUGUCAGAUGCAUAUAUUUGGCGCAUGCAGUGAACACACUGCCAAACGCGAAUUGAUCACAAUUUGGCAAAAUUCAGAGCUGUUUGCUAGUAGACGAAUUUUCGGAAAUGGGCAGCGAACAAAAACAUUACUAUGUUGCAUAAUUUCACACUUCAAGGGCGGGAAUGCACUCCCAAAUAUUUGUACAUAAUAUAUUAAAAGUAAGUUUGUAUCAUAUUGUUUACUACACUUUAAUUAAAGUUUCAGGAUAGGAUUGUAAUUCUUUAGACCAUGCAACAAUGUAGAAUGCGUGUAUGAGCAUUCAUGUCUGUGCAUAACAGACAGACCAAACAAGAUUUACCAGAGAUGUUGAGCAACCUAAAUUGAUGAGAAAGUGAUCUCUAUUCAAUUUCUUGUUGAGAAGAUGCCAUGACUGAGAUAUUGUUGUGUGUCACACAAAGCACAAAAACAAUAGUGAGGGCAGAAAGGCCAAAUAAAAGGUCACAGGUGAUUAGAUUGCAGAGAGCUCUGUUGACGUCACCUGUGGCAUCAUUUGCUAUAUUCCCAGAACUUUUCUGUUACUGGAUGUGCAUUGUUUCCCCAAAAGGUCUCAGCUCUUAUCUUUGGAUGUGACAAAGACCAAAGGUGCUUUUCUGAGAAACUGAGGCCUAUAUAAGAUGUCCAAAAUGAAACAGUCAGCAAAUAGGUACCUCAUUUGGGUUUGUUGAGACCUUUUCUGCACAGUGAGACAACGACAGCAGAUUUUUGAGGAACAUGUGGAAGGCAGCACUCUUGACACUGUGUUUCUUGGUGGCACUGGUAGGCAAGGUACGGCCGAGUGAAGCCCAUACCUCUUUCUAUGGAAUGAAACUGUGCGGUAGAGAAUUUAUACGUGCUGUCAUUUUUACCUGUGGUGGCUCUCGCUGGAGGAGAAGCAUUGGAGAUGCAGCUCUUAUUGGAGAUGAGGCUUUUGACCAAUGGAAUCCAAAUCCUUUCCCUCAAAUGGCCAGUGAGCAGGAUCCUGCACAAUCCAACGUAUGGAAGGACCCGACAUUUGAUGUGGCAUCUGUCGCCGCUGGAUUCAGCCGCUCGGCUCGCUCGCCUAUCUCGGAAGAGGUCUUGGAGGCUCUCCGAAGUGCAGAUAGAAAAGGACGGGAUGUUGUGGUGGGACUGUCCAAUGCCUGUUGCAAGUGGGGCUGCAGCAAGAGUGAAAUCAGCUCCUUGUGCUAAACACAGUCCCAUCUCACAUGCAGCGUUCUACUUUUUGAAUUUUCAAAAAUUUUACAUCUAUCCAUUAUCUGAGCUGAUUUUCCCCACUCGGGUCGCGGGCUAUUUUACAUCCAAGUCAUUAAUUGUGUGACUAUAUGAUUUUUCGUGCAUAGGUGGGCUAGACUAAUUUGUGUGUAUGUUCAAUAAAGUCGUGUGUCAUUCGUAAGAAA